AUGGCGCCUCACCUAGGCGUAGACACAGCUCAGAUCAAGGACAAAGCUCGGAGGGAGCUUCUAGACCUGCUUGAAGGAGUCCGAGGCAGAAAGAAUCUGGUCAUUGAGAAAUCGCUAGCGGAUACAAUUGGUGUCUUCGUCAGGUUCUCUACUCUCCAGGAUCAUGGUGUAGACAAGCUGUUUCUACUCGAGAACAAGAAUGUAGAUACGUCCCAAAAGAAUGUCAUUUUCUUGGCAAGUGGAGAGAAGGCAGCAAAUGUCAUAGCAAUUGCAGAGCAGAUCCAGCGACUCCAGAAGGCUAGCAGUACUCAGCAUGAGUUUUCUAUCAUCUGGGUGCCUCGACGUACCCUUGUCGGCGACAAAAUACUUGAAGAGUCUGGUGUUUUGGGUGAGCUGAACGUAGAGGUCUUGGAUUUGCAUUUCGUUCCAUUGGAAGGAGAUCUACUUUCGCUUUGCUUCAACGACGCCUUCAAUGAUAUCUAUCUGUACAAAGACCCAACGUCCAUAUUUUUAGCAGCCCGAGCACUAAUGGGGCUGCAAAAUACCUAUGGCCUUUUCCCAAGGAUUAUUGGCAAAGGCGAUAAUGCAAAUCGACUUAUGGAGCUUCUGUUCAGAAUGCGUAAAGAAGCAGCCGCUGAAGACAAUGCAGCCAGCUUUGGACCUAUGCCCAGUGCGCAUACUGAAAGCUUGAUAAUCAUCGACCGCGAGGUCGACCUUGCUACUCCGCUACUUACGCAGCUCACUUAUGAGGGCCUAAUCGACGAAAUGUUUGGUAUCGAGGAUAAUCAAGCCGAGAUUGACACCUCGAUCAUUGGACAAACACCGAGUGCUCCACAGCAGAGCAAGACAAAUCCACCGGGUCAACAGAGUCUCAAGCGGAAGAUCCUACUUGACUCUUCUGACAAAUUAUAUGACCAACUUCGAGACACUAAUUUCGCGAUUGUAGACAGCCUCCUCAAUAAGGUUGCUCGUCGUCUGCAGAGCGACAUGCAAAGCCGACACGAAGCAAAGAGCACAUCCGAACUUCGUGAAUUCGUGACUAAACUUCCUGGCUACCAAGCCGAACAACAAAACCUGAAAACGCACAUUGCUCUUACGGAAGACAUACUAAAGCACACACAGUCACCAAUCUUCAGACAAUGCCUCGAAUUCCAACAAAACCUAGCGGACGGGACAGACCCAUCUUCGCAACAUGAAACACUAGAAGAGCUCAUCGCACGAGACGUUCCUCUGCCCACCAUCCUCCGUCUACUCUGCCUCGAGUCCUGCAUAUCGGGCGGUCUCCGACAAAAGGACCUCGAGCACUUCAAGCGCCUCGUCAUGCAAGCGUACGGCUACCAGCACCUCCUCACACUUUCCGCUCUGGAAAAGAUCGGCCUACUUCAAAUGCGAGCCUCAGCCAGUGUCCUAUUCAACCCACUCGGCGCAACCACAGGCACGGCCGAGAACUCCAAGACCAAUUACAAUUAUCUACGCAAAGUUCUGCGCCUCUUUUCAGACGAGGUGAACGAGCAGAACCCAAAUGAUAUCUCUUACGUCUAUUCCGGCUACGCUCCAUUGUCUGUAAGGCUUGUGCAAGCUGUGUUGCAGAAACAGCACCUCCUUGCCAUCACGAAAGGCCCGCAAGCGGCUUCUAUUGAGGGUGCAGCGGGCAGCACCUCGUAUGGCUGGCAAGGCUUUGAAUCUGCGUUGGGUAAUGUGAAAGGUGCGACGUUCUCAAAGGUCCAGAAGGGAGAGGAAGCAGCUACUAAGGCCAGACAUAUGCUUCAAGGAAGCGCAGCAGCGAAGGGAAAGACUGUUGUGGUGAUGUUUCUGGGUGGGAUCACAUUCACUGAGAUUGCGGCACUAAGGUUCUUAGCAAAGCAAGAGGAAGGCAAGAGAAACUUACUAAUUUGUACUACUGGGGUGAUAAGUGGGAAUAGUAUAAUGAAUUCCGUGAUUGAGAAGGAGGAUUUUUCGAAGACAUGA